CAAACACAAAAACCUCCCGCUUCUCUCUAUAACCAAAAAAAAGCUACACACAAAAACAAAAACGGCAACGUUUUAUGGUGUUAGACAAACAGCAGUCGCUGCCGGCGCCGCGGCAGCUCCGCCCGCUCCACAAGCAGAUGUCGUGGUCUCCAGAUUCCGAGAGAGAGGAGCUUUGGCUUAGAAAAAAGAUGAAUUACAGCAACAAACGUAAACAGAAGAGUGUUACAGACGAUGAUCUUGACGAGCUGAAAGCUUGCUUUGAAUUAGGGUUUGGAUUCGAUAACUGUGAUUCCGAUCAGAAAUUGAUCGAUACUCUGCCGGCGUUAGAGUUUUAUUGCACUGUUAAUAAGCAGUACAGUAACAGUUUGUCUAGGUCUUCGUCUUCGUCUUCAAUAUUGUCUGAUACUAGCUCUACAAGCAGUUCUUCUUCAAUAGUUGAUCCAGGUGAUGAUCCGGAAACGGUGAAGAUGAGAUUGAAGCAGUGGGCUACGGUGGUUGCGUGUUCGGUGCGCCAAAAUUCUGGAAAGUUCAAUUAAAUUUAAUUAAAUUCUUUCAUCAGCUAACAAUAAUUUCCCAGUAUAUAUAUGAUUACUAUACAUAAUCAUGUAAGUUAUUUUUAAUAGGUUUUUAGUUUUUUUUCUUCUUUCAAUUUAUGUGAUUCUUGGAUUAAUUUCUUUCUUUUUGAUCGGUUUCUUUUUGCA